AUGUUGAAACCUUUCCAGAUCAGGGAUCUUCAUCGGUGUCCCUCUUCCUCGCAGGACAAUGGAGAGCCGAGCAGCGAUAUCCUCCAAGACAUUCCGCCUAGUCCACACCGUCCGGGUAUCGUCGCUAUCUCGGCAUCGCAGUACAACGACAUAGCUUCUUCUCAUCCCCACGCUCGCUUGACUUACAUUGAUGAUGAUGAUGGAGAGCUUAUCACGGUUGGAUCUUCUCUCGAACUUUCGCAACGUCUGGACGAGCCGGUUCCCGCCUCAACUGACCCAUACCUAAACUCGCAACCCUCAGACCUCGAUCCGAUGCACAUAUUCGACAUCCGGCGCUCGACCCCGGUAAUCGAGUUGUGGAAAAAGCACGAAUACAACCCCUUCAAGGAGAAUGUCCCGGCCACAAACCAUACUAGUGUGGCAUCACCAACUAGCGAACCAUCUCUUCCCGGCGUCGAGAAUGACGGAGAGAGGACGCAAGGCGAUAAUGGAGCUACUGCUCCUAAUGUGCGGGAUGAAGCUGAACCACUCAUGGCUGCAUUCGAAGCCGAAAUGGCCAAGAUUCUCAGCGCCUCGGAGACGCUUAACGAGAACACUGCUCAUCAAGAAGAUAUAGUCCCCUCGACGGAAGACCAGAACAGGACGACAGCCGACAGGCUCCAAAUACCCACCGAAAGCUUCAUCAAUGCCAUGCAGAACUUGGUUCAUGGAGCCGAAACCCUGAGUUCUGGAGUUAGAUCUAGACUGCCAGAGAUCGAGCGACAGUUCCAAAAUGCUCAAAGAGCGCUUCCAGGCCCCGUUGGCUCCUCCAUGCAAGUGGCGCUCACAGCACUGGAAGGUCAAGCGAGAAAUCUGGUCAGUGCAAUUAAUAAUGCUUCGACUGCUGGAGGACAAAGUCCAGCAAACCUCUUCCCGAGAGAGUUGCCGACCGCCGCUAAUACUGUGGAGAGUCUACGAAGUAUGGCGUCCGAGCUUGGCCAUAUGGGACAUACUUUGUUUGAAGCAUUCGAAAACGAGCUUGGAUGUAACACACAAGGAUCUCAGAAUCAAGCGCCAUCUGCCGCGACCGCGUCGUCUGUGACCGAUGCUGCGGGUCCAGCACUUGCAGAUGACAAUGAUACCCGAACUGAGAAUGCACCCAACGCAACCGAUGCCAACCCUACCACCGCCCCUACAGUUGUGAACUUAGAAAAUGAAAAGGAACCGACGAGCUCGGAUAAAGCAGAGGUUUCACCGGAGCCUGUCCCUGCACAAGAGCCCGCAGACGCGGAGCCCGUUUCACAACCUCCGCAUCACAACGAAGGCGCUCGCUCGCGCCAAUCCGUACCACCCGGCGCAUUCUCAUCCCAUUAUAACGUGUGGUCAUCUGCCCACGGCCCAUUUGGCCCACCACCUCAUCGACCGCGUGGACAUCAUCACAUCCCCGGCGCUUUCCCACCGCAUCCGCCGCCGCCGCCUCAUUUCCCCCCUCCUGGGAUGGGCUGGCCUUUCGUCGGUCCCUCACACGGCCACCCCAGGGCGCCUUUUGCUCCUCCUCCUCCUCCCCCUCCUUUCUCAGGCCCCCCUCGACCUCACAGGUCUUUGCAUCAGUUCCCCUUUAAUCCCCGGCCUUAUAGAGCUUUUAGCGAUCUGUACUCUGCGGCCCCUUCUCACGCAGAAACAUCGAAUCGUUCGUCGCCAGGUCGCUCUGCACAAACAGCAUUGUUCAUCGGCAAUGUCGGGUUCAACGUUAAUGACAAGAUGAUCCGCGAUGUGUUUGCUGCAAAAGGAUUUCUGGUUGAUGUGUACCUUCCGUUGGACUCGGUCACGCAAAAGCAUGCAGGUUUCGGUUAUUUGCAUUUCCCUUCGGUUCAUGCAGCAAAGGCAGCAUUACAUGGCCUCCAGGGCACCCUGAUCGACGGACAUUCAAUCAAUCUUGAGUUCAGCGAUCCGUCACCGUUUACGGUAUUGAACGCAGCCAACGAACCUCAACAACCAUCGGUUUCCCGCCAUGCGCCAAGUCCCUCGGAGCUUCAAACCUCGCAACGAGUGGUGGAGCCCCCAUCUGAGCAACGACCUGCCAACAAUGGUAAGUCAUUGCCUCUCAGUGUAGCAGAUAUGUGCUCUGUCAACGGCAACGCCCGGAACGAGUCGGCCAAGCCGAACGAUUCGGACAGCUCUGAGCGACUCAACGCACUUUAUCCUUCACUUGUGCCCCAGAGCGUCUCGCAACGCUCUGAUACCAACGCUACUAAGUCUCCCUCGGACCUCAUUCGACCAAUGGAAUGGGAGAGCCGAUUCCCCCCUAUCUCUCAGCUGGAUGCACUUUUCUUGACUAAGCAGCGUCGAGAAGGAGACUCUACUCACAGCUCAUUGUCUCGAACCGAACCGACUGCUAAUCAAGGGCCCGUUGUUGGUCGGUCUGUAUCUCCUAACAUUCCGGGCGCCUUCCCAGAAGCUCAGAAGUCAUCUUUGACGGCAGCCUCAUCAACGAGCCCCCAGCAAACCAACAAUCAGAACACAAGUGCCGAACCUCAUUGCUCGCGUCGCUCAAAGACUGUGAGGACCCUCAACCCUUCUCGGAGACACUCUGGUCCCUGGGAGUCCAUCGCGGAAGGACCAUGCUCCGACAGAUCGCUGAGACGGCGGGCCACUGAGCGUUCUUCGCUUCGUUCAGGCUGGUCCUCGCAUCCCCAUACUGGCAACGCCAGGCUGUCAAGUGUUCAUCCCGCCCAGGCAGAUGUGCCCCAUCGGUUUGAUGCUAGACAGCGCAGUAUUGCGGACUGCGUUUCGACCUUAGCCAGACUAGGCUACGGAAGCUCCGAGGAGGGUGGGCUGCAGCGCAUUGGCGUGUAUGCAGCCGCCGCUGAUGGCAGGGUCUCUGAUGCAAUCGAUAUGAUUGAGGAGGAGCGCAAGGCGUAUGCGCAGCGACUCAAGGCGGAGGAGCUGAAUCAUCGGCGGAGGCCGCGAGACUGCGCCGGAAUUCUUCCUCGGGCCCGCGAUCCGAUCAUCAACAUUUCACCUCCAGCGCCACGCAAGAGCUCGGUGCUGCUCUUCUUUUACGCGAGAGAUGCAGACAUGGCGAAGGGCUUUUGCUACGUGCUCCAGAAGGGCCACAACGGGUCCUCCAGUCUUGAGGAUCAGGAGAUCAAAUUGAACGGCUUUGUCCGGUCGGUUCGCAAGCAGAAACGCUUUGCCUUCGCACAAAUAACCGAUGGAUCGACCGUCGAGCCUGUGCAGGCCUUCUUGAAACCAGCGCAGGCGGCAGACUUGACUACAGGGACCGCUGUCGAGAUAUCAGGGGUCUGGAAAGCCUGUCCACCUGGCAAGGAGCAGAGCCAUGAGCUGCAAACCACGACUGUGAAUGUCGUCGGUGAGGCAGACCCCGAGACAUAUCCCAUCCAAAAGAAGUACCAUACCCCCGAAUUCCUACGCCAGGUUCCUCACCUCCGUCUUCGAACCCCGUUCAACUCCCUCCUCUCGCGUUUCCGCUCUGAAUGCCUCUACCACCUCGGGAAUACCUUUCGCGAAGCGCCCAAUGGCGGGUUCGUCCAGGUCCACCCACCGCUGAUUACAUCGUCGGACUGCGAAGGUGCCGGGGAGACAUUUACGGUCGUGCCUCGAGGGGAGGCGACGACGACGACAACGCAACCGGACAGCGAGCAUUUCUUUCGGGCGCCGAAAUACCUGACCGUGUCAUCGCAGCUGCACCUGGAGGCCUACGCGGCGGAGCUCGGGAACGUCUGGACCAUGUCGCCCAUGUUCCGGGCAGAGAAGAGCGAUACGCCGCGCCAUCUCAGCGAGUUCUACAUGUUGGAAGCGGAGAUGAAUUUCAUGCCGGACCUGGACUCGCUGACCGACUCCGUGGAGCAUAUCCUACGCGACGUGACGCGACGGCUAUACGAUAGUCCUGUGGGCCAGGAGAUCCUCUCGGCGAAGCGAUCGGGCGAGCCAGGCCAGGCGCAGGAGCAGACGCAGACAGACGGAACCACCACCACCAGCCCGGCUCUACGACAGCGAUGGCAAGAUCUGAUGGACGGGCCGAAAUGGGCUCGCAUGACCUACACGCAGGUGAUCGAGCAGCUCCAAGACGCCGUCGCCAAGGGAACCGCGUCGUUCGAGUACGCGCCCAUCUGGACCGACGGACUCCAGCUCGAGCACGAGAAGUACAUCGUCGACGAGAUCUGCGGCGGCCGUCCCGUCUUCGUCACUGACUACCCCAAGUCCGUGAAGCCUUUCUACAUGGCACCGUCCGACAUCACUACCACCAGCACCACUACCCCCAACGAAACCGUCGCCUGCUUCGACCUCCUCCUCCCAGAAGUCAGCGAAGUAGCCGGCGGCUCUCUCCGCGAGCACCGUCUGCCCAACCUCAUCCAGAACAUGCGCGAACACGGCCUCAUCAAAUCCGAGCAACCAGCAGCGGUAGCGUCGGAAACAGCCGGCACCACCGACCCAGCGGCGACAGACAAGCCUCUCUACCCUUAUCUUCAGCCCGGCGAGGACCUCUCGCAUCUUGAAUGGUACGCUGACUUGCGACGGUGGGGCACAGCGCCUCACGGAGGCUUCGGAAUGGGAUUUGAUCGCUUCUUGAGCUAUUUGGCGGGUGUUUCCAGUGUUCGGGAUGUGGUGGCGUUUCCGCGAUACUUUGGCCGCGCGGAUUGUUAA